UUCCGAGUACGAGCCGUAAACAAAGAAGGAGAAUCAGAUCCACUAGCGACGGAAGGAGAAGGCUUUUUGGCCAAAAAUCCAUAUGAUGUACCCAAGAAAACUGAUAAACCAGAGGUGGUUGACUGGGACAAGGAUCAUGUUGAUUUGGAAUGGAAAGCUCCUGAUGAUGGCGGCUCACCAAUUGAGGAGUAUGUCGUUGAGAUGAAGGAUAAACACGGAAACUGCUGUACUCAAAACAUUGUCUUCGAAUUCCAGGUACCGGGUUCUGAGACAUCUGCUCGAGUAGGCAAUCUGAAGGAAGGAGAGGAAUAUCAAUUCCGUAUAAUUGCAAAAAAUAAAGCGGGGUACGGUGAACCGUCAAAUCCAAGUGAUCACGUCAUCGCAAAGCCAAGACACUGUGAGAUUUGCUUUUAA